GCAUUUGAUAACUUUACAAUGAAUCGACAUCAACAACGAAACUUAGACUAACACAUCUUUUUUUUCAACAAAGAUCAUAUAAAGUGAGAUCUUAAAGGCAAAUCAAUCACAAGUAACGAUUAUUCAAACGAAUGCAUCGUUAAGCACGCCGAUCCUGAAACAGAACCUUUUUUUCUCCCUUUCAGUCAAAGUCAACCAAGUUGACGAACGGAGGGAGAUGAUACGAGUAUUGCACACACCGUCAGUGAUUUAAAGGGGCGAGUGAGACCUCAAAUAGUGGACGUCCUUUGUAGGCCGUAAUCUAUCUCACUUGACAUUUGAUAUUCAACUUCUGCGGCUGUAAACCAGUUCUGAUAGCUCACCUUAAUAACUCGCCGUCCAUCAUGGCGAUUCCGACGGGCGCUGCUGCCUACAAGAAAAAAGAUGGCGUCUUAACCCUCACGCCCGACCAGAAAUCCGUCAUUUGGACACCAAAUACGGCACCUAGCGGCCCACCAACAGUUUCGGUAACCAUAGCGAAUAUAACUAAUCUCCAACAGACCCCGGAUAGUGCCCCCAAGGUCAUGCUGAAGAUAUACGAUUCGCCACCAAAAGGACCCGAGCAGACUUUUCUCUUCCAUUUCAACUCACCCUCUAACCCAAGAGCUGAAGCGAAUGUGAUAAGAGAUCUCUUAUCCACACUCCUCGCUGCCGCCAAGAGCAAAGAUCCUAAUGUACCGAAACCAACCGCUACUCCCGCUGGAGGUAGUGGCUCAUCAUCUAUGGCUAUUGCAAACGCUGCAACAGCUAAAUCAGUCGCUGCGCGUUUAUUUGAUGACGAGGCUCUAAAAAACGACAUAGCACUUCAACAGUCACUCAUGAAGGCGGAUCGCCCCCUUUUCCAAAUGUACAUGGAGGGUCGCAAGACGAAACCAGAUUCUAUGUCGGAUGGCACAUUUAAUACGCAAUUUUGGUCCACGCGCAUCAACAUACUUCGAGCGCACGCAAUCGAGAAUAACCAGAAGAAGGGACCCUACAAUGUCUUGGCUCAAGUAAAGCCUACCAUGCAGCAAAAUGCUGAUCCCAACAAACCUAGCGAACUGAAGAUGAAGUUCAGUGUCGAGCAGAUUCAGAUGAUUCUUGCGCAGCAUCCGCUCGUCAAGCGUAUCUACAAUGAACAUGUCCCUCCUUUAGGGCAAAAUGAGUUCUGGGAGAGGUUUUUCCUCAGCAAGUUAUCGAAAAAACUCAGAGGAGAACGUGUUACUGAGGCGGACUCAGCUGACAAGAUUUUCGACAAGUACGAUGAAUACGACGAUAUCCGAGCCUUCAAUAGCAAGCUAUUAUCGCAACACGUACCACAUAUCAUUGACAUAGAGGGUAACGAAGAGAACCAGGGUGGUUUCAGAAGUGGAAACCGAAAGGAUGUGGAGAUGCGACCGAGAGGAAGAAAAGAUGUUCCCAUCAUCCAAACUUUGAACAGCAUCAGCGAAAAACUACUCGCUAAUUCCUUGCCGGCGGACAACGACGCCACAAAUCCGGUAGAAUUAGAUGAUACCUACCAAGAACUUGCUUUACGCGAUCUUCGGGGAGACGUGGAAGAGAAUCGUAUAAUCCUUAACAUCAAAGAGCAAAGCCAAUUCUUUUCAAGCGAAGCUAACACCGUUUCUGAGACAACUACUAUUUUCGCCAAGCAGAAGCCAUCUAAGGUUAUUAAGGAUGUGCAAGGCGAUCUGAAAAGCCUUAAGUAUAGCGCCGGUGGUGUUGAUCUCCACACUUCACUAGGCAUUGACGACGAUAGCGAUAGCGAAGACGAAGGAGAAAGGUCAGCCCAUGUAGGGUCCAGAGCAUCACGAAAAGCCGCACAGAAGCAGAUACUUGAGAGCAUGUCACAAAGGAGGGCACAAUUAUUUGGCGUUGAUUCAGAUGAGACAUCGCCUAUGGGGUUGCCUCCUGACGUUACUCAAAUCUGCAACCUGACCCAUGCUACUACCAUUGAGUUCCUACACCAAUUCUGGUCGGCGUUUCUCUCUGGUGACCCAGACCGAGCUGUUGAGCUUGGAUAUCUUGCCGAGGCUUUGAAACGAUCAAAAGAGAGGAUAGAUGCCGUUGCAACCGAGGCUGACAAAGCGCGAGACGAACAGAUUAGGAAGAAGAAAGAGGAAAUCUACCAGGUUUAUGAGCGAACUAAGCGAAAGCUUAAGUUCAACUCGAAGUCUAUUCGAGGUGGUAGAGAGGCCGUGCUCAAGCUUAUGGGUCCUACUAUACAGUCCUUAGAUAAAGCCAUAGCUGAUUACCAAAGAGCAUUGGCUGCGGAGGGUAUCCAAGCAAGUACAGAAUGAAGACGGAAUUCUCCGAGCGUCUAGGCGUUCUGGUAGGAUGAAUACGGAAAAUCGACGGCAUACAUUUGCUUUCAUAAGGAGCUAGGUAGUUGUAUGUCAUUAUGAUACCAGUUGUCCACGACAAUUAAUAGACUCUUUGCAUUUCA